CGACGUUAGUUUUAACUGUGGAGUGUGGAGUAUUCCAGAAUAGCUCUGCAGCAAGCAAGCGCGCGAGAGAGAGAUUGAGCUUUUACUCGGAAAAAUGGCGGCAGAAGACAGUGCUGCACCGACGCGGAUAAUGGUAGCGGUGAAUGAAUCAACGAUCAAAGGCUAUCCCCACGCCUCCAUAAGCAGUAGAAAAGCUUUUGAUUGGACUCUCAGCAAAAUCGUCCGCACCAACACUUCUGGAUUCAAGCUGCUAUUUCUCCAUGUUCAAGUCCCCGACGAAGACGGUUUUGAUGAUAUGGAUAGCAUAUAUGCCUCCCCAGAUGAUUUCAAGACGAUGAAGCGCAGAGACAAGAUCAGAGGUCUUCAUCUUUUGGAGUACUUUGUCAAUCACUGUCAUGAAAUCGGGGUUGCUUGUGAAGCAUGGAUCAAGAUAGGUGAUCCCAAAGAAGUCAUCUGCCAUGAAGCGAAUCGUGUCCAGCCAGAUUUUCUUGUCCUGGGAAGCAGGGGUCUCGGGCCUUUCCAGAAGGUUUUUGUGGGAACUGUGAGUGAAUUUUGUGUGAAGCAUGCUGAUUGCCCUGUGAUUGCAAUCAAGCGGGAUGCAUCUGAGACUCCUCAGGAUCCCGUUGAUGACUGAGUGAUCAACAAUCAGUGUGGACAUAUCUUCUGUUCAAUUCAAUAUUUCAAUGUAAGUCGAUUGACGUUGCUUGUCCGUGUUCUCCUUUUCUUUGUUCUUAUACUGCGUUGAGUCUUGACCAGUUUACUGGUUCUCGUACAUCACUGUAAAUCACAUUUAAGCCCGUUCGAGUGUAGUGAGACGAAUACUAGCAAGAUUUGUGAUUUGUGAACAAUAUUCUUGUAUAUCUAUCAGUGAGAAAGGAAGUGUUGUCUAUAAAUUUCUUGAGAUCAUCA